GUUAACGCGGGCGCCUUGUGUAGAAAGGAUUAUACGCUUUAUUUUAACUAUGUAGCUAAAUAUUUAUAUUGAAAAAAAUAACAUUGUUUACUAUAGUCUGGUUUCAUUAUAGCGUGUUGAAUUAAUAUUACAGCUAAAAAGUUAUCAGUGAUCAGAUUAAAGGCAAGUGUAAACACCGUCAUGGCGGCUGCAGGAGCAACGAACGUGGGUGAUAUUGAAGAAGACGCCUCGCAGCUGUCUUUCCCCAAAGAGUUUGAAAAUGCAGAGACUCUCCUGAACUCUGAGGUCCACAUGCUCCUGGAGCACCGAAAGCAGCAGAACGAGAGCGCCGAAGAUGAACAGGAGCUCUCCGAGGUCUUCAUGAAGACGCUGAACUACACGGCCCGCUUCAGCCGCUUCAAGAACCGGGAGACCAUCGCCAGCGUGCGCAGUUUACUCUUGCAGAAGAAGCUGCAUAAAUUCGAGCUGGCGAGUUUGGCCAAUCUGUGUCCUGAAGCCGCGGAAGAAGCGAAAGCGCUCAUUCCCAGCUUGGAAGGUCGAUUCGAGGACGAAGAGCUGCAGCAGAUUCUGGAUGAUAUUCAGACCAAAAGAAGCUUUCAGUAUUGAUUUCGUCUCGUUUCUGUACAGUCACGGCCAAACCCGUGCACUGCACGAGGACUGAUCUUGUACCAUUCGGCAUUGUUUAUAACAGACUCUAUUCCAUAUGUUUUAGUACUGAAUUCUCCAUUCGUUUGUAGAUGCAUUGUUUGUUAGUGUAAAAAUAAAUCUGAUGUGUUUGUAAA